AUGGAUAAAGAACAGUUAGGUCUUGCACAAAACAAACUAACAAACCUUAAACCUGACAUGUUUAUCGGGUUAAAUCUGAUGCUCCUUCAUUUACAGCAAAAUGACAUCAAUGAUAUCCAGGCCGAAACAUUUAAUUCAAUGUCGCGACUAAAAACCUUGUUCCUGUUUCGCAACAAACUAACAAAUCUUAGAGUCAACAUGUUUGCAGGGUUACAAAAUUUGUUAUACCUUUUAUUACAAAAUAAUGAAAUCAAUGAUAUUCAGACUGGAACUUUUAAUCCAACUUCAAAGCUUAAAAUCUUGGAGCUGGUAGGCCGUAAGAACAAACUCUCAAGCCUGAGACCUGGGAUGUUUACAGGGUUGGGUGACUUGGAAAAACUAACUCUACAAAUGAAUGCCAUCAAUGACAUUCAGAAUCAAACCUUCAAUCCAACUGCAAAGCUUAAAAGUUUGAAUCUCAGUUGUAACAAACUAUCAAGCCUCAGAGCUGGUAUGUUUACAGGGUUGGGUAACUUGGAAACACUAGAGCUGCAAUCGAAUGACAUUAGUGACAUUCAGGCUGGAACAUUUCUUCCAACAUCACAACUAAAAACCUUGAACCUAACUUCCAACAUGCUAACAAGACUUAGACCUAACACGUUUACAGUGUUGAGAAACUUACAGGAACUCUAUUUAGGAUCUAAUAACAUCAAUGACAUUCCAGCUGGAACACUCACAGGCAUUGCAAGUCUGUCUGUGCUAGAUUUGGGGGAUAUUCUGGUGUGUGAAGCUUCAGGUAUCCCCACACCAGACAUCACAGUGACUCUCCCAUCUGGACUAAACAAAACAAUGCAGUCAGGGGGGAGGGUGACUGUGGGGGCCAACGGCCUUAAAGAACCCAAAGCAGCUAAUGUAACAGAUCAGACAGCACUGAGUGAGUCUCAGGUUGUCAUGAAAUGCAUGAUAAACCCACAGUACAACACAGUGACAGCAUUCUCACAGCAUACAUAUGAAGAUGUGGAUAAUUUGUCCCCAAAAGGCCCCACAGACCCAAACUCUAAUGGCUGCACAGCCAUAAACAACACAGCUAAUGUGACAGGUAGUCAAGAUCAGACAGUGCUGGGCGAGAUUACCACAAAAUCUCCCAUGAACCCACAAGAUGACUUGGAGCCGACUGUCUCAGAGCAAAUAUAUGACAAUGAGGAUAUUUUACCAACAAGCCCCACAGUUUCAGACUCUUGUGAUAUGAAAACUACAAACCAGCAAGUUAAUGUUGCAGCCAGCCAAGAUGAGACGGCAUCAGAUUGUUAUCAGACUGAGACUAUCCGUAAAUCCUCGAACCAACACUAUGGCUCUGGAACUGCUGUCUCCAAUCAGUGUGAUUAUCUGUACAAAGAUACAUCACCAAGAGCGUAUAGACUAUAG